CACGCGUGUGAUCGAGACUUAGAAAUUGCUGUGGUUGCGACUUAAUUAAAUUAAGUUGUAAAUUUUUCAAUAGUGUUAGUGUACUUUAAUUAAGUCCACUAAUACAGCUACAAAUCUUGAUAUAAAAAUUGCAAAACAUAGAAAAACACGUGGAAAAUCGUACCAAAAAUCCUUUGAAAAAUACUUCCAUUAAACCUCCGUUUGACUACCACAAAUGGAUCCUCCAUCCUCCAUCAAAACCUCUCAAAUGACUUCCAUUUGGUGUUAAUAAAUGCACGUCCCACGGAAGAUUUUCGGAGCUUUGGCUCCGUCAAGGUUCCGAGAUAGUAAGGUUAUCGGAAGAUUUUCAAAUGGAGGGUGGAACAUGGAGGCUCCGUAUAGCUUCCAUAUGGAAGGCAAAUGGAACCUUUGUGCCGCUCGGGAAAGUAUUCCUUAUCAAAAUCUGAAAGAUUCACCGACCGAAACAAUGAUUCAAAAUACCACCAAGUAUGUGGUAAAUCAUGGACCUAUUGAGUUCAAGGCACCAAGGCUGACGUCAAACAAUUUGAAUAAAUAUUUCAACGGUUUUUGUAAAAUCAAUUUAAAUCAUCAAUUUUUAAAGUUGCACAAACAGAACAAUACAGCCAAAGUGACAGGUUUUAUUAUUGACUUUCUUGCUAAAAUAUCUACAAAACCAUACAAAAUUGAAGUUCUGAAGAUCAAAGAUACAGAAAAUUGCACAGCAAAUAAAAAUGUUAAUACAGCAGAAAGAGCUUAGUGAUUUAAUCAACUGUUCGUACCAUAAUUGGUAUGAUGACUACAAGAAAAACUGCAUCAAGUCAUUCAGCUUAGAGAUUCCAGCAGAUGUGCUUAAUUAUUUGAAACAAGAUUACUUCGUUUUACCAAAAGAAUGCAACUUAAGUGAUGCCUGUUCAUCAAAUACACAAAAAAUUGGCGAGACAAGUAGCUUCUCGGACGAUGAAGCUGAAGAGGAAAGUGCUCCUGAGUUCAGAGAAUUUUCAGAUAAAAUUACAAAGAUUAUUGAUAAAUUAGGUGGCUCAGCAUUCAUCAAAACGAACUGGCACUCACCAAAAGACUCAGUUUGGAUAACAGCAGGUCAAACCUUGCGUGUUAAAGAUUUAUGUGAUGUAUAUCAGUUGCUUAAAGCAUCAAGUAUCUGCAAAGAAGAUCUCAAUCAUGUCAGUGAAUCCAACUUUUGUCAUAUUAUCUUCAAGAAAUGGAAGGAUGUUCACCCAGGAACAGAAUUUCGAUGCUUUGUAAGAAAUAGGAAUCUUAUUGGAAUCUCACCACGCGAUUGGCCACAGUAUCAUGAACAUUUUAAGGCACAGAAGAGAGAUAUUAUUAAGGAUAUUGUUUCGUUAUUUAAGGAAAAGAUUAAAGACAAGUUCCCAAUUGAUAACUACUGUUUCGAUGUGAUUCGUGAGACUAAGGAUCAUGUAAUACUAAUUGACUUUUCACCAUUUAAUGAGAAGUACACAGCACCACUAGCAUUUGACUGGAACUUCCUUCUUGGUGAUGAGAUAAUCAUUGAAAAUGAUGAUGAAGAGUCUGAUAAUCCAGAAUUCAGAUAUCUCGAUAAAGAUGUUGGCAUUCAGCCAAAUCCACGAAACAAUUAUGGUUUUCCACAGGAAAUGAUUGAAAUGUUUAAGAGCAGCACGUUAUCUGAUGAUCAAAUUGAGGAACUCAACAGAAUUACAUUGGAACAGACGGAAGCUGGCAGCAGUCAAGAAAAUUAAAAAGAACGUUUAAUUAUAGAAAACAACUCGCAUUUAUUAUAAUUUUCAUUAUUUACAAUAAAUCGACAUAAUUCGUCUUAUUUACAAAAUCAGAAAUGGAUUAAUUAAAUUAAUUUUCCUACGAUGAUUUUUUUUUUUGUUUGGAAGGAAGGGAAGUUUUGAUAUGCUGGAAAGUCGUUCUCCUUCGUCAUUUAAUUAUUAAUCAUUAAUUUUGGAAAUUUUCUAAUACACGAUUAAUGAAUGUAACAAAAGGAAUUUAAUAUAUUAAUUAUUAUUAUUAUUUUCUAAAUGACUUUUUGUAUUUUUUUUUUGUCUAGUCUCACAUGAUCAGUACACACUUUAUUUAGAUUGUGAUAAAAUCAUUCUGUCUUAAUUGCCUGCUUUCCUCUCCUUAUUGCUUUCUUGGGGACCUUUUGAAUUCACAUUGUUCAUUGACGAUAAUGUUAU